ACAAAGCAGAGCAGAAGAUCCACAGGACUGAUAACAGCAACCAUGCUUCAAUCACUGCAAGACGGAUCCCGCCCACACAUCGUUCAUAUGCCGUCAUCUCCCGCAACAAUGAAGCGAAAGCGCGCAAAUUCCGACGCGGUACUCACCCCGCCCCUCAGUAUCGAUGACCCAGAAGGCUCCUGUCUUCUUUCGCGCGCGGUCCACGUUCUCUCCACUGCCGCGACUGCCCUUUCCCAGGUCACUUUUCUGUAUCAGACAGAUCCUACGGCGCGAGAAGGACUGCUUCAAGCAGUCGAAUGCAUUCAAUCCGUCGUAGAAGCCGGCGGCAAACUGAUUGUCUGCGGAGUGGGCAAAAGUGGGCUGGUAGGCAAGAAGACAGUGGCUAGUAUGAAAAGUUUAGGGAUACCAUGCUCGUUUCUACACCCCUCAGAAGCGCUGCAUGGGGAUCUGGGGGAUAUAAGACCACACGAUGCAAUCCUCUUCAUAUCCUAUUCCGGCAAAACAUUCGAACUCCUCACAGUUCUCUCCCACAUCCCGCCCUCAAACCCCAUCCUCGCCAUAACAUCGCAAACCCAACCCUCCGAAUGUCCACUCUUGCGCGACCGUUCAAACGGCAUUCUCCUUCCCGCUCCCAUCCACGAAAAAGAGGAAACCUCGUUUGGAGUCUGCGCCCCUACCACAUCCACAACAGUGACCAUUGCUGUGGGAGACAUGCUCGCGCUUACUCUCGCCGAGGCUCUACACGAUGGCGGGACGAAGGACGUGUUCCGGAAAAACCACCCCGGUGGCGCGAUCGGAGAGAAGACCAGGCGGAUAGAGGAUGCGAUAGUAGAACGGGAUGUGGGCAAAGAGGAUAGCGAUCAUGAUGAUGGAGAUCGUGCUAAGAGACGUAAGGGUCUCGUCUCAUCCGUGUGCGAUUGA